AUGCCUGCCCGUAAGAGCACAGCCGCGCUCGUCUACCAUGAGCAGACUCAAAGCCGACUCUUCCAACUACCUCGCGAGCUACGAGAUCAAGUAUGGCAAUAUGCAUUUGCCGAAGUCAGCCAAACACCACACCUACACAUCUACGACCGUAUCUUUGACAGCUGCAUCGACGACCCACGAGAUAUCUCACGAAGCCACAUUGAGCAGCGCAAAUCAGCUCCCAACACAGCUGUUCUACGCUCAUGUCGCCGAAUUCACGACGAGGUGAUAAAGCUGAUCUACGAGACACCGCAUUUUGAGCUGGUGGUCUUCCCAGGUCGUGCUCGACCUGAAUACAUAGAUCACUUUGACACUUCGAUGCGUAGGACUACUAUCGUUGCACAUAAUCUUAGGGACCGAAACUGCAUUGGGGAGCUUGCCAAAUGCACAAUGCUACGGCGCAUCAAGCACGCUACCAUUAUACUACAGCCUGGACGACACACUGAUAUCGAGAGGUACCGCGAACGACUGGCGAGCUUCUUAGCUGCGAUCGAGAACGGCAAACACUUCGAGACUCUCUGCAUCAGUCUCUGUCCGCGCAUGGCAAGGAUGAGUCUCGAUGGCGAGGAUUUGAAACACUGUCUCGAAGUCCUGCGACCACUCAACCAAGCAGCGGCCACGGCGUCGAGCUUCACUAUUCUUCCCUACGAGCAUCAUUGGACAUUCUCGCUCUGGACGAUACCAGGCCCGAUCUCAGGCUUGCUGCAACAAGUGCUACCAGAUGCCACAGUGGAGCCGCAAGGCACCUAUCGCGAUAAGAUCAUGCGAGAUGAGUGUUAUACUUAUGGUCUCUUUCGCGUUCGAUAUUGGAACAUGCCACCAGCGCCGCUUCCCAGUCAGGCGACUAGUCACCCGCAUUUGCGAGAUGUCACUCGCAAGUGCCGGAAAGUGUUGCUCUACUCAACGCUCUCUCUAUUCUCACCACUGAUUGCUGUAAUACUGGUAGCGGACGAGAUGUAUCAUCGGAAGAAGAAGGGCCAGAGAGUGUUCCGCUGA